AUGGGUGAAAUAUCUGUUGCCUCGCAUCUUCAGCCCAACAACUUGGAUAAACUGGAUUUGAGGCCUACUUCCAAACUAGAUUGUUCGCUUGAGUGUUCACUGGAUUGGAGGAACAAUUCAUAUGGGAGAAAACUUGCUCUUCGUGCAAGCCUGCGAUACACAGGAGAGGAUGACCAGUGGCAGAUCAAUCACAGUUCACUUCUAGAUAGAAACAAAUACAUGUUUAAUCGCGAACUGUUUAGCGAUGUACGAUUCCUUGUGGGAAGAGCUGACAAGACGUCCAUACCCGCACAUCGCUAUAUUCUUGCUAUCAGCAGUCCAGUGUUCUCGUCGCUUUUCUACGCGUUCGGAGCACCUCAGCUGGAACAAACAAGAGAACAGGUAAAGAGCGAUGAAAAAAAAAAUCAUUAAAUGAGGACCUACAUUAUAAGGUUGCUUUGUAAAUAAAGCUGUUCAGCCGUACAGAACAGUACAGUGUCUGUUGUCAGGAGCCCAUCAAAUUUGAUGGGCUCCUGCUGUUGUUUAAUCUGAAAACGGUUUUGUACGAGGCGCUUAAAGUGGAUACGGAAUUGUUCAUAAAAAAGUAAUAAUAAUAAAAAUCAAGCAACCUUUCAGUUCAAAACAUGGCGAGUAUUCUAAAUUGGCUUCAAUUGCACGACAUAUGUUGCACUAAGGGCCUGUUUACAUGGAGCGGGGAACCCCGGUCUAGUGGGGUAAGUUUCUUUUGUUUUCACGCUCUAGGGGACACAAAACAAAAGAAACUUACCCCACUAGACCGAAGUCCCCCAAUCCAUGUAAACAGGGUCUAAAAUUGACCCCCAACGUUUUACUUCUUCUCGCCCGCCGUGGACGCCCCUUAAAUGUUACUGAGUUGUGUUUUGCUAGUUUAUUACCAUGAAACUAGCCUAACCAGGACCGCCGAAAAAAUUCAGAGAGAUUUGCUAGUUUCUGAUUAGUGAAUAAAUGAGAAAGAUCAGGAGAUAAAGUUAGGACCUUGAAAUUAGAAAAAUUAGAGUCCUUCUCAUGGUUUCAAACCCAUCAUGCAAGACAUCAAAGACAUGCACCUUUUGUUUGAGAUCUCAAGACUAAAUCGUCUCUCUUUGUAGAUUGAAGUUUCCGAGUGUGAACCCGACGCCUUUUUAGAAAUGCUCCGGUACAUGUAUUACGAUGAAGUUCAGCUGACCACACGUAACGUCCCAGAAGUGCUGUUCCUGGCGCAAAAAUACCUCAUUCCAAGCCUGGCUAAAAUCUGCACUGAAUUUGUUGGGAACAACUUAACCGUGGAGAAUACCCUGCCAGUGUUGGAUCACUGUUUUCUUCUUGGUGUCAGCAAAGGCCUCGAGAAACAAUGUUGGUCAAUUAUUGAUAAACACGCCUCUGAAGUGGCCGAGGAUAAUCAAUUUCUUGAUAUUGACCAUGGCACGCUGACCGCCCUUUUAUCACGUGACACACUGGUUGCUAAGGAGAUGGUACUUUUUCGUGCGGCUGUAAAGUGGGCGGGACACGAGUGUCAGCGCCUGUCAAUUCCACUGACAGUUGAGAAUAAACGCAAGGUCCUUGGAGAUGCUUUCUACUCCAUUCGUUUCCCCUUGAUGAGUAUGAAAGAAUUCACUGACGAAGUGGCGCAAUCGUCUUUCUUGAGCCACGAAGAAGUAGCUAAUAUGUACAUCGGUUUUAACUCUAGCUUUGAAUCGUGCAAAGUAAAGUUCCCAACAGAGCCACGCGCCAAACCUGUCCAUGACCUGUUUGAAGAGCCAGCCCUUCGCUGCUCACGAUUUGAAUCUAACGUUCUACGCCCAAAGUUGUUAGCAGAGGCUCUAGCUGAACAAUCCACUGAUUCCAGCUUUGAAUCGUGCAACGUAAAGUUCCCAACAGAGCCACGUGUCAAACCUGCCAAUCACCAGCUCCAAGGGCCAGCCCUUCGCUGCUCGCGGUUUGAAUCUAGCGCUCUACGCCCAAAGUUGUCAACAGAGGCUCUAGCUCAACAAUCCACCGUCAAAUUUAAGGUCAACAGAUCCAUUAGAAUCACCGGAGUAGCGCUUUUUACAACUUUCACCAACACGUCUCAGCUGUUCCAAAUUGAGUUACGUGACAAAAGUGGUUCUCUGUUGAUGUCGCACAGCGCGGAUCUUACGAAUCGUGGUAGUGAGAGCGAAAUUCACGAUAUCUUUUUUACAAAAGGGGUCAAACUCGAAAGGGAUGUCAUUUAUUCAAUCUCUGUGGUCUCUGGAGAUCUCCCGGUACGAUAUGGGAAGGGGCCGAUUAAGGAAGUUACCUGUGGAGGCGUCAAAUUUGAGUUCCUGGACACCGUUUCUGAUCACGAAAAAGUGAAAGACCAAAUACCUGAGCUUCUAUUUAAACCUCUCGAAGAAGGGACAUUAGUUUAA